AUGCCCUUUAAGAGCCCUAUUUCCUACUGGUAUCUCUACUCACCACUGAAAGACUUGAGUGCGAGGAUCAUAGAGAUUAACAACUCGUACGGCGAAAAGAGUAAUGUCUUUAUGCACUUAACUGCAGAGAAUCCUCUUUCCGAGGAAAAGUCUUGCGAAAUGAUCAGUACUGUUUCAGGAAGAGGAUGCAGAGGCACUCAAACUUGGGAGUUCAUGUCUUCCGCUCCAACUGCGAAGUACUAUAGAUCCAGCUUCGAUGAGGACAUCUUUGCUUCGCCUUUCGAGCGGGUGGAGGGCUCGUUCAACCUCCGAUUUGUCGACCCUCUGGACCCAUCUCCAGCCAAAGGGGGGCCAUUGCACAACAACAUGACCCUCAUCAGCACCUGUGUCAAGCCCAAAGUGACAAUUCGACUCUUCUCGUGUGCUCCACCGCUUUAUCCCCUAUUGGCAUCUUCAUGGGAGGUGGCGGUUUUUUUGAUCAAAUGGUCUUUCAUCCUCCCCAUCUCCUUGAUUAGGAUUGUAGUGGAGGCCCUGCGCAUCCGCUUCAGAGGGAAUAUGCCAUAUCUGAACAAGCCAGAUGUGAAACCCAAGAGCGUUCCUCGUGACGCUUCAAGGACAGAACACCUUUCUUUCGGCACUAUCUAUCUCCAUCUCGUUGAGACAUGCACAUUUCCCCUCGAAGUAACCUACAUACCUGCAAAGUCAUUGCAUCUUAGGCCUAUCUCUAUGUGUUCUCCUGUCGAGACGGUAACACGACCAAAUCUGACGAUCCAGCCCCUUACACCUCAGUUCUACACAAACAUCUUGAAAUACACAGAUCCCGCAUCCGGCUUUGCUGCCGAAAUGGAAGACAUACCACAACCCUGCGACCCGAUAUCGCAGCGUCUCUGGGCUUCUGACGCGGCGCCUCUGCAGAAGCUGAUCGCGCAUGCAAGGGCCCCCCCUGGCUUUGGAGGUAUCCCGGGUCUUCCCGCCGUGGCAACGGGACAAGAUCGUCAAAUCCUUCAUGGACACGUUUGUUGA